UGAUCCGCACCACUUACCCUGUUUGUCCCGGAGUGGCAGCCCGCCCAGCCAGUAAUAAGCCGAAGCUUGGCGGCAGCCCAAUCGAAGCUGGGCUUAUGGGCGGGCCCUGCGGCGGCUACUGCCGGGGGCGGCGGCAACAGCGGCGGCCUAGGGAGGCGGCGGCCUAACCUGGCCUGGCCUGUCAGGGCGCGGGCAGCGGUGGUCCAGCACCAUGUCCCUGCAGUACGGGGCGGAGGAGACGCCCCUGGCCGGCAGUUACGGCGCAGCCGACUCGUUCCCCAAGGACUUCGGCUACGGCGUGGAGGAAGAGGAAGAGGAGGCGGCGGCGGGUGGCGGCGGAGGCGCGGGGGCCGGCGGCGGCUGCGGCCCGGGCGGCGCUGACAGCUCCAAGCCAAGAAUCCUGCUUAUGGGGCUACGGCGCAGCGGCAAGUCCUCCAUUCAGAAGGUGGUGUUUCAUAAGAUGUCACCCAAUGAGACUCUCUUUUUGGAAAGUACCAACAAGAUUUAUAGGGACAUUCAUCAAAGGGCCAAUGAUGACCUUGCAGAUGCCGGGCUGGAAAAGCUCCAUCUUAGCUUUUAUUUGACUAGUAUCUAUGACCAUUCAAUAUUUGAAGCCUUCAGUAAGGUGGUACAGAAACUCAUUCCACAACUGCCUACUUUGGAAAACCUAUUAAAUAUCUUUAUAUCAAAUUCAGGUAUUGAAAAAGCUUUUCUCUUUGAUGUUGUCAGCAAAAUCUACAUUGCAACAGACAGCUCCCCUGUGGAUAUGCAGUCUUAUGAACUUUGCUGUGACAUGAUUGAUGUUGUAAUUGAUGUGUCUUGUAUAUAUGGAUUAAAGGAAGAUGGAAGUGGAAGUGCUUAUGACAAAGAAUCGAUGGCCAUUAUCAAGCUGAAUAAUACAACUGUCCUUUAUUUAAAGGAAGUCACUAAAUUUUUGGCACUGGUUUGCAUUCUUAGGGAAGAGAGCUUUGAACGAAAAGGUUUGAUAGACUACAACUUCCACUGUUUCCGAAAAGCUAUCCAUGAGGUGUUUGAGGUGGGUCUUGGAGCCCGGUCAUCAGUGCGGGUCAUCAGUGCCUGA